AUGGCACCCAGCAUGAUCAUCCCCGAAUCUACUGCCCACAGCUACCAACCCAAGUCUGGCAAGAAAAGCAAAGAAUCCAGCGAGCUGAGGAAGACCCUCAAACCUCUGAUGGAAAAGCGAAGGAGGGCUAGAAUUAAUGAAAGCCUCAACCAGCUGAAAACACUGAUCCUGCCACUUAUUGGAAAAGAUAAUUCCAGAUAUUCCAAGCUAGAAAAAGCUGAUAUUUUGGAGAUGACCGUUCGUUUCCUAAAGGACAUCCCUCCAGUCCAAACACAAAACUCAGCAGAAAAAUACAGAGAAGGGUACAGAGCUUGCCUAGACCGUCUUAGUGGCAUCCUCUCCAAAACCAACGUCAUUGCUGAAGAAACCAGCAACCUUCUCCUGGACCACCUGCAGAGAAGUCCCGAACUCUGCUGCCUGGACUGCACAAAGUCUCCCAACCCCAAGCAGAACAGUUCCAGAAUCAUCCUCCAUCUCAGCCCCAGAAGAUCAGACUUCUGCCCCUCCCCCAGCCAGCCUCCUGCACAAAGGCCUGCCCCCAGCCCACCGCAGCUUACUAGCACCAUCUGGAGGCCGUGGUGA